AUGAGGAUUCCCAUUGCUGUGCAGCUUGGGCUGCUGGUGUUGCUAACUGCGGUCUCGGGGGUCGCGGUGCUAGCCAUCGCAACGUGGUUUACCACCUACAACUUUGUAGUCGAUGUCGAAUCGCAGGGCCUCGAACUCGUUGCGACCACCAAGGCUAGUCAGAUUGCUUCGAAUUUGGACCUUCUCGAAACAAGCUGCAAGUUCAUCGCCACGCGAAUCCUGAUUCAAUCAGCCUUGAAACGCUAUUAUGCGGGAAACACGUCUGACGAGAACUGGACAAAUCCAAUCGUCGACGUCCAAUCUGCAUUAGGUAGUCGUGGAUACUUGGACCUUUACCAGGCCAUCAUAUAUUCGAAGGAUGGCAAAGGAGCAGGUCAGACCUUGUUAAACCAGACCAGUGACAGUGUGCCGGACAUCACCCUUCCAUAUACCUACUCGAAUGGGACUUCUGUGCGAUUAGGAAAUGAUGGGCUGGGCUACCCCCCUUCCCUGUAUCCAAAUCUGACCUAUCUUAGCGGGCUAGACGACAACGACUCAACGGUUGUCUAUCCAUUCCCUGAUUAUACACUUGGUUUGGACUCGGCUCUGCUUCUUGGUCCAUUGAAAGUCAACAACUCCUUCUCUCUUGUGUCAUUGACUUUGCCGAUUGUCAACAACACUUCAGAUACAGAAAUUUUGGGUUUCAUAACUAUUGUUGCUAGUGCCACGAAUCUACAGCGUGUUGUUAGUUCGCGAGAUGGGCUAGGAAAUACCGGCCAGGUGCUCCUCAUUGGACCUUCACGAAAAACAAACACUUUUGCUUCCAGUGAGCAUCCCGCAACCGCCACGUUUGCCGCUAGUGCAGCCUCUCUUAGUGGAGCGCAGGUCCACUACAUCUUCGAGCCUACUCUGCCUACCCAGGCUAGCCGGCACAGUGGGAUGUCAACCGAUAUGCCGUUUAUCCUUUCUACGUACCCAACAGCUCUACAACUGGUGUUGCAACCAUACUCGAACGUGAACAGGGUCAUUAGUCACUUGUCAACCCGAAACGAGCGAGGGGCGGAUGUUGCCGUAGGUGCAGUCCGCCCUCAAAGCACUCUUGUCCAAUGGAUUCUCCUCGUAGAAGAGACUCACUCGGAAGCAUUUGCGCGAGUUGUCCGAUUACGCAAGAUUAUUCUUGCGUGCGUAUUUGGCACAGCGGGUGCCAUUAUCCUCGUGGUCCCUCUUCUAACCCACUGGGCCGUUGCCCCUAUCCGAAGACUCCGCGCAGCAGCCCAGAAAUCCGUGGAGCCAGAGACUACACCACACAAUACCGCCGCAGAGCCACAACACGUUGGAUUUAAAGUCGACGAUGAACAGGGGGAUACAAUUGAGCGAACUGUGGAACACAUGAAUGAGAAACCCCCCCUUAGCAUGUGGGUGAAACGACUACAACGUCCCUUGGGGCGAUUCAACAGUUCCACAAGCAUCAAUAAUCCAAAAUAUUCCCGAGGCUUUCAGAUACCGGCCCGGGUCAAAGAAAGAAGACAUUGUGUAACGGACGAGCUUACGGAGUUGACUAAAACUUACAAUGAGAUGUCGGACGAGCUCACAAUCCAGUACAAUCGGCUAGAAGAGCGAGUGGCUGAGCGCACUAGAGAGCUCGAACAUGCUAAACUAGCCGCAGAGACUGCUAACGAGAGCAAAACCUUGUUUAUCGCCAACAUAUCCCACGAGCUCAAAACACCCCUCAAUGGAAUUCUUGGCAUGUGUGCCGUGUGUAUGGGCGAGGAGGACCUGGCCCGGAUCAAAAAGUCGCUUCAGGUGGUCUAUCAGUCAGGCGAUCUUCUUUUGCACCUCUUGAACGAUUUGCUCACAUUCAGUAAGAAUCAAUUUGACCAGGCUAUCCAGAUCGAGGAGAAAGAAUUCAAGUUAUCUGAUGUUCGAUCGCAACUGGCCAUCAUCUUCCAAAAUCAAGUCCAUGAGAAACAGAUUGACUUCAGCGUCAACUUUGUUUCUGGCGGAGUGACCGAGCCAAAAGGCACUCUAUGCCGCGAAAGCGAAUUGGAACAGACCAAUUCAGGGUUUGGUUCAACGCAGCCUGGCAGACUCGCAGACAUGGUCCUUUGGGGUGAUCAACAUCGAAUCCUCCAGGUACUGAUCAAUUUGGUCAGCAACAGUCUCAAAUUUACACCCGAGAAUGGGAAAGUGGAAGUUCGCAUCCGCCUCGUGGAUGAACCUUUGGAACUUGGAACCCAUCUGACCUCGAAAGAAACGUCUCGACGCAACUCACGAAUACGGUCCCAGAGCGGCUCAAGUGCCAACUUAUCGAUCCAUGACGUUGUGGAUAUGGCUGAGGAUGAAACCAAAGAGCAAAGAGCGUCACAGUCUAAUCUUCGCCAACUUAACUUUCAAUUUGAAGUUCAAGAUAACGGGCCAGGUAUUCCUAGCCAUCUCCACCGGCGUAUCUUUGAUCCUUUCGUUCAAGGUGACCUGGGAUUGAACCGGAAAUACGGGGGAACUGGUCUGGGUCUCAGCAUUUGUGCUCAGUUAUCCCAAAUUAUGGGAGGUGACAUUCUGCUAGAUAGUGAAGAAGGCAAAGGGUCUCUUUUUACUUUGAGAGUCUCCUUGGGAUAUGUCAAAGAAUUGGCCCCGAGCACAUAUGCUUCAAGCAUCCCAGGAUCGCGGACCCCAAGUGUUCUGUCCUUGGAAGAAUUUUCCAACGCCUCGCGCACACCCUCAAAUCAUGGGUCAGUGAGGAGCGAACCCCCUGCGCCUGGAUUUGAAAAGUCGGAGAUACAACCACGUUUGAUUGGAUUGAGUCAACCAUUUUUCACACCGACUGUUCCAUCGUCUCCUGCGUCAGUACCUAGCAAUUUGCCAUCCAAUAAAAGUUCAUACGACAAGGGCGAUGGCUCAAAACGGAUACGUGUGUUGAUUGCUGAAGAUAACACCGUCAAUCAGGAAGUAGUUCGAAGGAUGCUUGCGCUGGAGGAGGUUUACGAUGUAACAAUUGUUAAAGACGGCCAGGAGGCAUAUGACACUGUCAAAUCGAAUAUGGAGAAGGGAGAUGUGUUUGAUCUAAUCUUUAUGGACAUCCAAAUGCCGAUCCUUGAUGGUCUCGAGAGCACCCGACUUAUACGGCAGAUGGGUUAUUCUGCACCCAUUGUCGCAUUGAGUGCAUUUGCAGAAGAAAGCAACAUCAAGGACUGCAUUGAUUGCGGGAUGGACAUGUUCAUGAGUAAACCUAUUCGAAGGCCUGCGUUGAAGCAAGUCCUUAGCAAAUUUUCCACCAUCAUUGAGGAAACGGAAUUUGGACCCUGA